AGAACAAGGGAAUUGUUGGCUAUGGAAAAAUUCUUUUAAAAACACCGCAAAGAUUGGAAUUACAGGAAAGAGCAUCGGUCCCCAAAACGUCAGUUAGACAAGGAAUUUCAAAGCACUUAGGAGUCAAAUUUAAAAACAUGGAAAACAAGAUGAAGACGAUACUCGAGCUGUUGAAAGAGAGUAACAAGUUAUUUAAGUUAAUCAGGCACCAAUUUCCAGAAAAAGUUCAUGCUGUCAGGAUUCCACCUCGUCGUGGAUUUUAUCAGCGUAAAGAAGAUAAAGAAGUUAUGAAUACGCUGAGACGCCUUUGCAAAAAUGGUAAUUCCUCGCGCGUGAAGACCCUGAUUUUACAUGGGCCAGCAGGACACGGUAAAGUGCAUUGCGCAGCAAAUUUAAUGGAUCAACUUUACACUAAGCCUGCACGCUCGCGAUUCUUCUGGAACAAAGCAUGGAAUUAUCGAAACAGACCAACAAUCCUGUGGACAAUUAACGCAACCAAUAAAGCAAUGAUGCUCGAAAGUUUCUGUAGUCUUGCCAAAGAAAUCGGUUUGACUGAACAGGCCAAAGUUGCAGAUCAGGAACUACCACUUUUCAGCAGAACAUCAGAAGGAAGGCAAUACCACAUGAAUCUUCAAAAUCAAUGCCAAGAAAAUGCCUAUGACAAACCUUUGAAACAAAUUUACGAAGAAGUUAUGAAGACCUUGAGAUGCCAAGGUUCCUGGGUACUAUUGAUAGAGGGUGUCAAAGAAGAUAGGUUAAGUCACCAACAGUUUUGGCCGUCGCCAGGUGAUCCAAGCUUUGGAAAUGGUCUGAUCAUCAUGACUACUACAGAUUCCAAGUUAUUACAAGAGGAAGGAGAUGACUAUCCGUUGGCGAAGGUGUUCAUUGGUAAAAUGACGAAAGAAGAUGCAGUUAAAUUUCUUGCGAAAAAAAGUGGUAUUCCUUUAACUGUUGCUGAAUGCUUUGCAAAUCUGGCGCAUUGCAUUCCCCAGGAUAUAGCAAAGUUAGGAACUUUUAUGAGAGAAUACAAAGAAGAGACGAACAAAGAACUAACUUUUGGAAAUUUACCCGUACCACCAGAGGGUGUUACACUCCCUAAAUAUAUGAUGAUGAUGAUGGAGCUAACACGUGAAAAUCAAACGCAGCUAUUAAAAUUUUUGGCCUGCUGUUCAAGUGAGAACUACUUGCCCCUAGAAAUUCUAGAGAGAGGUAUUGCAGGUCCAUUGGAAGAAGCAAAUUUCGGAAAAUUUGUCGAUCUUACCGAGAGAGAGGAAAUCAAAGUGGUAACCAUUCAUCCUAGAAACCUUGCCAUGCUCAGAGAUAUACUCAGUGGACAAAGCCAAAGUGAUACUGAAAAAACAUGGACGUACAUAUUGAAGUUUCCCUUCCUGCAAAACAAACAAGUCAACAUAAACACUCCUACUUUGUCGUGUCUCGAUGUCUCUCACGUGAUAAAAUGCCUAAGCGAUGUGUGCAAAGAUGCUUUACAAAACAACAGGGAUAAAGACUUCAAAUUGCUACGCCUCGUUUUACCGCAUCUAAAGGAAGCCGUGAAGCUCAAAGACGAAUUAAAACUAGAAGGAGAAUUCGACCCCCUCGUCAUGGCUGAUGGACAUGCCUGUCUUGGAGAAGGUUUGCUCAUCUUUGGCAGGCCUAAAGAGGCAAUGGAGAACCUAAAUAUUGCACAAGAUCUCUUUAAGAACUACGAAGGCGAGGAGAAUGUGCAACUUGACCUGGCUAACGUGUGGCACUUUAUGGGAGAAGCCCAUAGCAACAGUCACCUCGCGAGCCCGUGGGAAGGAGAAAUAUACUUAGAAAUAGCCUUGCAAGAGAAAAAGCGGUUCUACGAAGGAGAGGAUAAUCCACAGAUUGGUUUGACUUUACGAAGUCUUGGAAAUGUAUUGAACGAACUGGGAAGACACACUAAAGCUAUUAACUUCAUCCAAAGAGCCCUGAAGAUUUACGACGGUAAAGAAAACUUCAAACAGGAGUAUGGUUUCACCCUAAGUGCAUUGGGAUCUUCAUAUCGUUACCUUGGAAGGUAUGCUGAGGCAGAAGACUACCUAAAGAAGGCUCUCAAAAUAUUUGAAUCCGUCGAAUCACCAAGUGAACUAAGGAUUGGCGUGACACUCAGCCGUUUGGCCUCUGUGCAAAGAAACCUGGACAAACUAGAUGAAAGCAUAGCUUCCCUGCAAAUGGCACUUAAAAAGUUUGGAUACAACAACAUUUACAGUGCUGUUAUCUUAUCAAAGCUGAGCGUGGUGUACCGCUACAAGGGAGAUUUUAAACGAAGUGUUCAGCUUGCUAAAAAGGCUAAAAAAAUUGCAAAUGAACAAUGUGGUACAAAAAGUCAUCCCGCUAGAGCUACAACAUUGCUGAAUCUAGGACAUGCACAAAGUGAUGUGGGAGAUGUAGACGAUGCAGUGAAUCAUCUUAGAGAGGCCUUAGCUAUAAACAAGGAAAUUCACGGUGUUAACCAUCGCAUUGUAGCUGCAAACUAUAAUUACUUGUCGUAUGGCUACCUACAGAUGGGAAUGGUUCAACAAGCCAAGAAAGAGCUACUAAACGCUACACGGGUUAUGAACAAUUACUCUCGCUCCCACCCAGAGGUAGCUAAUACUCUAAAGAGGCUUAGCAAGGUCUGCCUGAUACUCGGAGAAACCGUUAAAAGUGCAGAGUUAGCUAACCGAGCUCUUCAAAUCUACAAAGAAACGCACGGAGAUACUGUGGAACAUAGAGAGGUGCGAAGGGGUGCAGUUCGGGUGGCUUACGCUUGCUCUAAGCUUGGUUUGUGUGACAUGGCUGAGGAAUAUCUCAAAGAGGUAGAACUUGGUUUUCCCGCGCGCCAUGAAUUAAGGUUGCACCCCGAAUUUGCCGUACUUCUCAGGAAGAAAACCGAAAUUACUCUAGAUAGCUACGAAUUCCAGUGGCCUUUGAACGAGUUGAGCGUCCAAGAAAUACUUUCAAAAGCAAAUAAGGAUUUACUCCAAGCAGAAAGAAUCUUAAGCUAUACAUUUCGAUUUAAACGACAGAUCGCAUUGACAAAGAGGGAGAAAGCGCGGUUAAGCAUGCUAAUGGGCAAUUACAGCAACGCAUAUGACGACAUUCGUUCAGCUCUAGACACUCUCCCUCGGUAUUGCGAUUAUUUGAAAGCAGAUUUCUCAUUGAUAAGGAGUGAUGCUGAGAAAGGCCUAAAUCUGGUUAAUAAAUCAAAGGUGUCUUUGGAAACAGCUGAAAAUAUUUAUCGAAAUAUUUUUGGUGAUGACCAUCCGAUGGUUGCAAUUACUUUACAAAAGCAGUGUUCUCUAAGUUUAGAUCUCGCGCAUAAAAGUAACAAAGGCAAGAACGAAGCGCACAAAUAUUUUGAAGCAAGUCACCAAGCUUGUGAAGUCCUUAAAAGUAACUUGGAGCAACAGCUUACCGGUAUCCAAACAGAUUUUCUCAGAAACUACAGUUUUAACCAACACCCUAUUCUUAAACGACAGCAGUCACUUCAUAAAAGGUUAACGCGCAAUCAAGGUGCUUGGUGAGCUGACAAAGGACCAUCAAAGAAAAAAAAACAUAUCAACAGUUCACAACAGUGCACAGAGCCUGAAAACGUUUUUUUUCUUUACCAAUUUAUUUGAUGUGACGAAACUUCCGCUCUUUAUUUAAUUCGUCCAGGAAACGGCUGUUGGAGACAUUAACUCAUGUCACAUUGUGCCUCACAUCAUGCUCUUAUGUUCGAUAGUAAAGGGGAACCAGACUUAAUUUUAGGGGAAGCAGCAGGUUUCUUUCAAAUAGACUUACUCCUCUCGCGGAGUGACAAAAGAUUGGAUCACCUCAUAUCUUACUAACAGAUACCAGUUCGUUUCCCUGGGGCGCACUGGGUCAGAGCUGAACCUGUUUUUUGUGGUGUUCCUCAAGGCUCAGUCCUUACCCCAUUAUUGUUUCUCUUGUAUAUCAAUGAUAUUAGUAACUGCUCUAAAAUGCCAUAUUGUCAUUAUUUGCAGAUGAUGCCAAUCUGUUUUAUUAGCAUAAAAAUCUAAAAGUGCUUGAAUCCAUUUUGAAUGAUGAAUUAGUUAAUAUCCAUACCUGGUUGAGUGCUAACAAACUGUCACUCAAUAUUGAUAAAUCUAAUUCUGUCAUUUUUUUACUCGCCACAAAGAAAAUUGCCCUUUAAUGUGACACUUCCUUAACUGGCACAAACUUAAACCAAGAGUACCCAAUAAGGUAUCUAGGUCUCAUAAUAGAUUCUAACUUAUCACGGAAAAGCCAUGUAAACUACAUUGCUGGAAAGAUUAAGCGAAAUAUUGGUAUUCUUUCAUAACUGCGUUAAUAUGUGAAUUUAAACAUUCUGCUGAACCUAUAUUAUGCCCUGGUUUAUCCCUUCCUAACCUAUGGUUUAAUUUCUUGGGGUAACACCUAUUCUUCCACUAUUCCGCCUUUGUUCAUUUUACAAAAGAGAGCGAUUUGAAUCAUGACAUUUUCUAAAUUUCGUGACCAUUCUAGUGCAAUUUUUAAGCAUUUAAAUAUUGCCAAGCUGCCCGAUCUUGUCUUUCUUAAUAUUGCAGUCUUUAUGUACAAAUUUCACAAUAGACGUCUACCAUCUGUUUUUGAUACUUUCUUUACACAAGUCAACAAAAGACAUAACUACCAUACCAGAAGUUCCUUGAAUAUGUUCUACACUUUACCUUAAUGGCCUGCUCCCAGUUGGCUUGUUAGCUCAAUUGGUAGAGCGCUGCACUAGUAUCGC